AUGAACAAUGAACAGAGACAAAAAUUGUAUGAAUUGAAUCUAAGGGCUUGGGAUGGAGAAGUUGUUUAUCCGUUAGUUAGCCAAAAGUUGGAUACAAGUAUAAAAAAGAAUACUGGGUUUAUAAAAAAACUGAAGAAGGGACUCACAAAGGAGAACAAAAGUUCAUUGUUAAAGGAUAUCGGCGAAAUAUCGUUGGAAAAAUAUCUAUCAGAAGUCAUCACCACCAUCAAUGAAGUUACAUCGAAUAUAUCUAAUAAGAAUGAAGAUAUUUUAACAGCUGUAGAGAUUAUAUGUGCCAUGCAUCAAAGAUUUAAUGUAAGAUUUACUAUACCAUUUUUUGAGUUAUUCUUAUCAAAUUUUGCAAAUCCAACAGAGCAAUUAUCUGAAAAGGAUGAGAAUUUCAGAAUCAGUAAACUAAAGAGUAAUUUAAAAAUUAUAACAGAACUUUAUUUGGUACAUGUGUUUAAAUCCAUUGAUAUUGUAGAGUCGAAAGAUAUGAUACCAUAUUAUCUCCAAAGAAAAAUACAUAGAAAGGAACCAUUUAUCUUUAGCAUUUUAAAGGAAAUGUUGAAUUACAAGUUCAAAAUGGGAUACACACUCAGUGUAGGUACACUGUUUGUUAAAAAUUUCUCACCUUUUUUUGAUAACGAUGAUACAUCAUGGGAUUUAUACAUCAUGGAUGACAACUUCAAAGAUCUAUUACACUCUUUAUUUAAAGCCUUUUCAGAGGCGGUAAUUACAAGGAUGACAGAUCUUACUAAAACAGUAACCAAGUUAAUGAAAGAACAUAAAAAAUGUCAAAUAAGAACUGGUAAGUUAAACGAUGAAUAUAUUGAAGAAUACGAUCUAUUAAUUCCUAUAUUAGAGAAAUUUAAAACAGCCACAGAAGUGUUUGCACCUAUUUUUAAUCUUGAAACUCCAGAAUUAGUAUCCCAGAACGUUGAAGAUGAGGAUGAUAAACCUUUAGAGUCCAUGAUAGUUACACAAGUAAUUCCUGUCAGUGAGCGAGUUUGGGAGAGUGAAGAUAUGAGGAUAUUCUACGAGGUUCUACCAAAUUUAGAUCAUAUUGUAAAACAUUUUGAGAAUACUGAAAGUAGUACAGGAAGUGAUACGACGAUUUUGAAUACGUUUUUCGAAGAUUUGAAACUAGUCGAAACAAAAGAAGAGAUGGAUAAUCUGAGUGAAAGUUAUUGGAAAAAAUCAUUGGAUAAUAAGGCAACUAGAAAUAGAUUAUUAAAAUUUUUUAUUGAAACUCAAGAUUGGAGCAAAAUAAAUAUAUAUGCUAGAUUUUUAGCAUCUAAUGCAAAAUAUAUGCCAGAAGUAUCUGAAGAAUUCAUAAAAUACUUAGAUAAUGGUUUCCGUCACCAAUUGCAUACGAAUAAGAUUAACGUCAAAAAUAUUAUAUUUUUUUGUCAUAUGAUCAAAUUUAAGUUAGUUCCAACCUUUAUGAUAUUUCAUAAGAUUAGAACUUUGAUUAUAAACCUACAAGUUCCAAAUAAUAUUGAAAUAUUGACCAUCUUUUUUGAGUAUUCAGGAAAAUUUUUGUUGAAUCAUCCAGAGUUUAAACCUCAUAUGGAAACUAUGGUUGAACUUUUAAAAACGAAAAUGAAGGAAAAGAAACUUACCAUGAAUUUCAAAGGUGCUCUUGAUAAUAUUUUGAGUUUACUUUAUCCACCUACUGUAAAAUCAUUGAACGAGGUAGAAUCAAAAGAAACAUCUCAGCAAUUAUUCUACCGUGUUCUAAUAAGGAGAGAGUUGGUACAUUUUGAUGAAAAACAGGUGUUAAUACUUGUCCGAGAGGCUGAUUGGAAUGAUAAAUGUAUUUAUCAAACAUUGUUUUCGUUGUUCAGUAAACCUGAAAAAAUUAGUUAUCAAAAUAUUCCCAUAUUAACCAAAGUACUUAGUGGGUUGUAUGUCUAUCAUCGAAACUUUGUAAUAGAAGUAAUUGACCAGGUGUUAGAAAAUAUUGAUGAAGGUCUUGAGGUUGAUGAUUUUAGUGAAAAUUUACGAAGAGUAGCCCAAGUGAGGUAUCUAACCGAGAUAUUUAACAUGGAAAUGGUAAAAUCAAAUGUCAUUUCUGAUGUGAUAUAUCAAAUUAUAAGAUACGGACACUUCCAUAAUACCCCGUCUCCAAAGUAUUUUAAUCAAUCGGACUUACCGAAUAAUUAUUUUAGAAUUCAACUUAUUUCUACUAUUUUAUUAAAUAUAGAGCGAUUCCCAAGAAUUUUUACCAAGGAAUUGGUUAAGUUACUACGUUUUUUUGAAUAUUAUAUUUUUACCAAAUCACAACCACUACCGAUGGGAACAAGAUUUAAAGUCGAGGAUGUAUUCACUGAAUACUCAAAAAAAUUAAAAUUCGAUAGAGCUGAAUCCUUGAUCGAGAGUGCCACAAUUUUCCAAUCUUUAAUUCAAUCAACUGCAAUAUCUACCGUUACUACACAUAAUAAAUCAGAUAUAAGGGGAAAUGUAACACCUAAGACAUUGAGUAAUGUCAAGUCAAGCUUAAAAGAAAGUGAAGAGGAAGAUGAUGAAGACGAUGAUGAAGACGACGACGAUAAUGACGAAGGGUUAUACUAUGAAGACGGUACUGAAGAAGACGAUGACACUGAUGAACGAAGAACCUCCCGUGACGGGACUAACCCACCUUUCUAUCUGGAUGAUGAAAACGAUGAUUUAUCUGCUGGUAGCACCAGUGAUUCAGAUGAUGAUAGCUCCAGUGAUGACUCAUCUGACUCUGAUUUUGAGUCAGAUGAAGAUUCCGACAGUAGCAGUGAUGAAGAAGACUUUGACGAUAUUGAAGCCGAUAGAAAUGCGGAAGUUAGACGCAUAUAUAAUGAAUAUGAAACCAGGUUACAAAGUGAAGAAGAAUGUAAAGCUCAAGAGGAGUUAGAAAAACAAUUUGAACAAUUAAUGGCAGAUUCUAUGGAUGAAAGAAAAAGUGAGAAAAGUGCUUCUAGUAACAUGCCUAUGAUAUCUUCAAUGAAUCAAACUGAGAGAAGCAAAACUAAGUUAUUAAAGAAACCCAUUAUCAAGACAAAGCAGCCAACUGGGAAGGAAAACGAAAAAGUCGCAUUUACAUUUUUAUCUAAAGCUGGGAAGAAAACGAGUAGUCGUGUUCUGGAACUUCCUGUUAAUGUCAAAUUUGUUAGUGGGGUACUAGAGGAAGAGGAAAAGAUCAAAACCGAGAGAGAAAAGAUUAAAAAAAUUGUACUACAACAAUCUUUCGACUAA